AUGCAAACUGCAACGUCAGCACCGCUAUCGGACGCGGAUGCCAAUGACAACCUCUGCCAUGCGCUCUUAUCAGACCUCCUGAAGGACGAGGAUGAUGCAGGCGAGCAAACCGACGUGCCCGAGGAGCGCAGCGGUGAGAUUACCAUCAACGACUCGGAAGAGGAGCGAAAGUCUCCCGCCAAGCGCGACGGAAAGCCGAUGGCGUGCGGCGCGCAGCGGGCGCCACCAGGCUUGCUGCUGAGCACCCAUUCGCCGGAUGUCAACUCAUUGAGCAGUCCGAGCUUUCAUUCCAUGAGCACCUACCUUCCCGGCCAUGCCCCCACGAGCCGUGACGACUCCCCGGACGAGGAGGACGGCCUGGGAGGGCUGUUAGAGGAGCAGUUUGAUGCCCUCUACCCAGUGACUGCGCCCCCCAGCACUGGACCCGAGUAUGAUCAGUGGCUGGCGCAGCUGCCUUCCAUAGGCUCAGCAAACCACUUCAACGGCAGCUGCGAUCGUUGCUGCUUCCACCCCAAGGGCCGGUGCUUGAACGGCUACAGCUGUCAGCACUGCCACUUUGACCAUGAGAAGCGCAAGCGCAAGGGCAAGAAGCGCUCAGAGAGGGUGCCGGAGCUGGGGUCCGAGAUGGGCUCCAUGCCCCCGACCCCACACGGCCCUCACGAGGCCUUCAACCCCGUUCCCGUUGUGCCCGCGCCUUGCGUGUCGCCGGCCUUCCACGAGGGCCUGGAGAUUCCCCCACCCGUGCCCGCUGUUCCCGACUACCCCUUCUACCCCGAGGAGAUGCCAUUCCAUCCAGGCCAUCCAGCCCAUCCGGGCAGCCUCUAUCCUGACCCCACAGGCAUGCUGGAGGCACGCGACGACUAUGUCCGAAGGCUUGAGGAAGAGAACCACUACCUUCGCUCCAUGCUCUUGCAGCACCUGGGGCCCGGUGCCUCUUCCGAACGUGUGCACACUUUUACGGCUUUUGGUAUAGCACAUCACCACGGUUUUAAGAUCGAAAACUAA